AUGGCCGAAAAGACACUCGUCCUCAUCACUGGUGCCAACCAAGGCAUUGGCUUUGAAACUGCCAAAAACCUCAUCCUCGCCGACAACUACCAUGUCAUCCUGGGCUGUCGCGAUCCCGUCAAAGGGGGUGACGCAGUGAAGACUCUACAGUCUCUUCCUGAACCCAAAGGAUCAGCUUCUUACACUCAGAUCGACGUGACUGAUGACAAGUCGGUCGACGAAGCAGCAGUUCGCAUUGCAGCUGAAUACGGACGACUUGAUAUCCUCGUCAACAACGCCGGAAUUAUAGCUCUGACGAAUCCGCCAAAUCGUGAUGCCUUUCGCAAAGUCCUCGAUGUCAACGUAGUCGGUGCUUUGAGUGUCACUGAAGCCUUUUUGCAUCUUCUCCGUGAAUCGUCCGAGCCUCGUCUGGUCUUUGUGAGCUCGAGCAUGGGCUCCAUCACCCACGCAGCAGAUCCCAAUUCCCCGUAUUACAACCCGAAUGGAACGGAAUACCGCACGAGCAAAGCGGCCGUCAACAUGCUGAUGGUCAUGUACUGGGCUCGACUGAAGGAUGAGGGGUUCAAGGUCUUUGCCGCCGAUCCCGGGUUAUGCGCCACGAAUUUCACAGGCGACGCCGAGUCAUUGAGGAGGAGAAAGGCAGCAGAGCCGGAAGAUGGAGGGCGACGAGUGGCUGUCGUGGUGAGGGGAGAGAAAGAUGGCGAGGCUGGAAAGGUGCUCGGUGACUAUGGGGUUUCGCCCUUUUGA